AAAAGUCUCUUUAAAAGUCACUUUAAAUAACAGCAACACAACAGAGUGUUUGCUCUGUAAUUCUCGCGUCUGUUUUCACUGUUUAGGCUUUUUAUUUAAGAACAAAUCAACAGAGUCCUUACGGCAAAGCUACUGUUGUAUCUGACAGUGCAGGCAGAAGAAUAUGAGUGAAUGAAACAGGCUGGAAGUUAGUUGUUGCGUGUGUUUAAUUCUCUGUGGCAACCAGCAAACACCGCGGUGAUCAGGAGACCUGCUGCAGCCUCAAAGAUGGACAAAUACGCCCCUAAAUUCAGCAAAGUUCUGGUGACACCUGAUCCACAUUAUAUACCUGGGUAUGCAGGUUAUUGUCCACAGCUGAAGUUCCACAUUGGGAAGACUUAUGCCCAGCAAACAGCCGAGCUGCUGACCAAUCCUGAAGUGAGACACUCCAAACAUCUGCUCCUCUACAGGGGUCGUGUCCCAUCCAAGUCUGCCGUGACACUGAUCCCUGACAGUGAAUUGAAGAAGACGAUACCAGGAUACACAGGCCUCAUUCCAAAACGUCAGGACUACUUUGGCUGCAGCUACGCUGAAACAUGUCGUAAAGCUUUGUCUGAGUCUUACCACAAAGAACGCUUGAGGAUCCAGCAGCAAUCAGCCGAGCUGACAAUUAUUGCCAACGACACUAACCGACAAUUUGAAAGGACAAAACUCCCCUUGACACCAAUCUCCAACCAACCGUUCUCCUACAAGCCCUUGAAGUCCUUCACCCCUCUUGGAAGACCAUAUUACAUGGAUGAUGAUGACCCACAGAAGUACUUUAUCUCAGGUUUUGCAGGUCACGUGCCAAAAACUCGCUUCCUAAUUGGCAAAGGUUACCCCAUCAUGACCAACCAGGCGCUGAUCCAGUUCGGGGAGCAGCAGCGAAGUGACCCCACAUCCCUGCCAGGGCGGAAGGACAGUACAGUACCCCCCAUGCCCAGAAUCUACCCGACAAAAAUGGGUGUGGUUCCGGCAUUCACAGGACACAUCCCAGGAUAUAAGUUCAUGUAUGGACAGACCUUCGGUAAGCUUACCCGGAGUGCUUUGGACAAGUGGCAACAACAGGACCCGUCCAGCAAAGUCAUAAAACCCUCAAACUCUUCAAUAAAAUGAUCAUUACUGGCGAGAUGACAUAAGUGAAA